CCGCCGCCCGCCGCGUGAGAGGACUGGGUUCACGCGCUCCGCGGCAGCGCGGUCCGACCCCCUCCCCCCCGGAAGGUUCGCGAAGGAGAAGCCGCCGCCGUCAAGGGAGAGCCGCCGCCGGCGCCGGUCCCUGGGGGCGCCAUGGCUACCGGAGCGAAUGCCACGCCGCUGGACUUCCCAAGUAAAAAACGGAAGAGGAGUCGCUGGAACCAAGAUACAAUGGAACAGAAGACAGUGAUUCCAGGAAUGCCUACAGUUAUCCCACCUGGACUUACUCGGGAACAAGAAAGAGCUUAUAUAGUGCAACUGCAGAUAGAAGACCUGACUCGUAAACUGCGCACAGGAGACCUGGGCAUCCCCCCUAACCCUGAGGACAGGUCCCCUUCCCCUGAGCCCAUCUACAAUAGCGAGGGGAAGCGGCUUAACACUCGGGAGUUCCGUACCCGCAAGAAGCUUGAAGAGGAACGGCACAACCUCAUCACAGAAAUGGUUGCCCUCAACCCUGAUUUCAAACCACCUGCAGAUUACAAACCUCCAGCAACACGCGUGAGCGAUAAAGUAAUGAUUCCCCAAGAUGAAUAUCCGGAAAUCAACUUCGUAGGCCUGCUAAUUGGACCCAGAGGGAACACCCUGAAGAACACUGAGAAGGAGUGCAGUGCCAAAAUCAUGAUCCGGGGGAAAGGAUCUGUGGAAGAAGGCAAGGUUGCGAAAGAUGGUCAGAUGUUGCCAGGAGAUGAGCCACUUCAUGCUCUCGUCACUGCCAAUACAAUGGAGAAUGUCAAAAAGGCAGUAGAGCAGAUCAGAAACAUUCUAAAGCAAGGCAUUGAGACACCAGAGGACCAGAAUGAUCUACGGAAGAUGCAGCUUCGAGAAUUGGCUCGCUUGAAUGGCACCCUCCGGGAAGAUGACAACAGGAUCUUAAGACCCUGGCAGAGCUCAGAGACCCGCAGCAUUACAAACACUACAGUGUGUACCAAGUGUGGAGGGGCUGGACACAUCGCUUCAGAUUGCAAAUUCCAGAGACCUGGUGACCCUCAGUCAGCUCAGGAUAAAGCACGAAUGGAUAAAGAAUAUUUGUCCCUUAUGGCUGAAUUGGGUGAAGCCCCUGUCCCAGCAUCUGUGGGGUCCACUUCUGGCCCUGCCACCACACCCCUGGCUAGUGCACCUCGGCCUGCUGCUCCUGCCAACAACCCACCUCCACCGUCUCUUAUGUCCACCACGCAGAGCCGCCCACCCUGGAUGAACUCUGGCCCUUCAGAGAGUCGGCCCUACCAUGGCAUGCAUGGAGGUGGUCCUGGUGGGCCCGGAGGUGGCCCCCACAGCUUCCCACACCCAUUACCCAGCCUGACAGGUGGGCAUGGUGGACAUCCCAUGCAGCACAACCCAAAUGGACCCCCACCCCCUUGGAUGCAGCCGCCACCACCACCGAUGAACCAGGGCCCCCACCCACCUGGGCACCAUGGCCCUCCUCCAAUGGAUCAGUACCUGGGAAGUACGCCUGUGGGCUCUGGGGUCUAUCGCCUGCAUCAAGGAAAAGGUAUGAUGCCGCCGCCGCCUAUGGGCAUGAUGCCGCCACCGCCGCCGCCUCCCAGUGGGCAGCCCCCCCCCCCCUCUGGUCCUCUUCCUCCAUGGCAGCAACAGCAGCAGCAGCCUCCACCACCCCCUCCGCCCAGCAGCAGUAUGGCUUCCAGUACCCCCUUGCCAUGGCAGCAAAAUACGACGACUACCACCACGAGCGCUGGCACAGGGUCCAUCCCGCCAUGGCAACAGCAGCAGGCGGCUGCCGCAGCUUCUCCAGGAGCCCCUCAGAUGCAAGGCAACCCCACUAUGGUGCCCCUGCCCCCCGGGGUCCAGCCGCCUCUGCCGCCCGGGGCCCCUCCCCCUCGGCCGCCUCCGCCACCUGGUUCCACCUGCAUGAUGUAUGCCCCGCCCCCUCCUCCGCCUCCCAUGGACCCUUCUAACUUUGUCACCAUGAUGGGCAUGGGGGUGGCGGGCAUGCCGCCCUUCGGGAUGCCUCCAGCUCCCCCACCGCCUCCACCACAGAACUAGACUCUUUUUUAAGAAAAUAUAUAUUAUAUAUAGAAAGAAUUGGUCUCGUUUAAACACGCCGAACCUCACCAUAUGGAGCCAGACAUUGGGACGCAUGCAUGUGAUUGUGUGUGCAUGCAUGUGUGUGUGUUCACGCACUGAGCUGGGCCAAGCGACCAAGGACUCGCUUGGGAAUGGGCAGGUGGUAGUAGGGGCGCCAGUUUGGGUUCUCCUGGCGCCCCGUAGCAUCGAGUGUCUUCUUUGUCUUUCUCUCCUCACCCAACUCCCUUUGCCUCUCCCCAAACUGGGCCGCCAGGAUCCCUUCCCGCGGCGGCGAUGGCCCG